GAAAAACAUGAUAUUGGUCCCCACUACGAUAUUUCUUCAAAACCAACAGAAAUGAGAGAGAGGACAUUGUUUCUCAACAUGUCAAUUGUCAUAUUUAGUGCAGUUGGGAAUAAUUGAGCAGAUGAAAAAUGCAUGAAUAAGGAACUUUAUGGAGAAAAAAAGCUCAACUAUUCUUCCACAUUAUAAAAGCUCUAUGAACACAAGUGAGUUAUUCAUCCUUGGAAGGGACAGCUCUCUCUAACUUUAAAAAAAAAAAAUAAUAAAAAAUAAAAAAAAAAUCUUAAGAAGUUGUAUUCCCCCUGAUGGAUUCUUUUUCUUCUUCCUUCCUCUCAUCAAUACCACAUACAAAGGUCCCUAAUGUUCUAAUUAGACACCCAUCAUCACCCCCUCGAAUUUACAUUUCUUCAGUGCGAAUCGAAGAUAAGCCUCAGGGAGCCAUAAAUUCAUCACCUACACCCACCAUCCCGUCCUCAUUACCAACAUCCCAAAAUACCAAAGCUCCAAAAUCAUCAUCGCCUCCACCUACCACUGAAACUCAGCCUAAAAGCACCCCCUUGCCAACAGCCACAGAAAGGAGGUAUAAAACACAACAAUCACUCCCAUCAACAUUUUUAAAUACACUAGAUGACAUUAUCAAUCAGUUCAUUGAUCCUCCCACGCGACCAUCAGUUGACCCGAGGUUUAUCCUCUCAGAUAAUUUUGCUCCGGUGGAAGAGCUCCCUCCUACAGAAUGUGAGAUUGAAGAGGGUGCCCUGCCCUCGUGCCUUGAUGGGGCCUACAUCCGCAAUGGCCCCAACCCACAGUUUCUUCCCCGUGGGCCCUACCACCUGUUUGACGGGGAUGGAAUGCUCCAUAGCAUCCGCAUUUCUAAUGGCAAGGCCAUCUUGUGUAGUAGAUAUGUCAAGACAUACAAGUAUGAAAUUGAGCGAGAAGCAGGAUCCAGUAUUUUACCCAAUGUCUUCUCAGGGUUCAAUGGCCUUAUAGGAUCUGCAGCUCGGGGAUCACUAGCUGCUGCAAGAAUGAUUGCUGGGCAAUAUAACCCAAGCAACGGAAUUGGGUUAGCCAACACUAGCCUAGCCUUCUUUGGCAACAAGCUCUAUGCUCUUGGUGAAUCAGACCUCCCAUAUGAGGUCAAAUUGACUCCAAAUGGAGACAUUCAAACUGUUGGCCGCAACGAUUUUGAAGGAAAGCUCUUCAUGAGCAUGACUGCUCACCCUAAGGUUGAUUUAGAGACAGGGGAGGCAUUUGCCUUCCGUUAUGGUCCUAUGCCACCAUUUCUCACCUACUUCCGAUUUGAUUCCAAGGGAAACAAACAAGCUGAUGUGCCCAUCUAUUCAAUGACGAGUCCCUCAUUCCUUCACGACUUUACUAUUACAAAGAAGUAUGCAAUAUUUCCAGAUAUCCAAAUUACAAUGAACCCUUCUGAAAUGAUCCUAGGAGGUGGAUCACCCGUGGGUUUGGACCCAACGAAGGUAUCAAGAAUUGGAGUGAUUCCAAGGUAUGCCAAUGAUGAGAGGGAUAUGAGAUGGUUUGAUGUGCCAGGAUUAAAUCUAAUACAUGCCACCAAUGCAUGGGAUGAGGUCAAUGAGGAUGGAAAUGAAGCCAUUGUCAUAGUGGCUCCAAACAUAAUAUCUGCUGAACACACGUUAGAACGAAUGGAUCUUGUCCAUGCAUUAAUUGAGAUGAUCAGGAUUGAUCUCAAGACAGGGGUGGUCUCCAGGCAGCCAAUGUCAGCUAGAAACCUUGACUUUACAGUCAUUAAUCCUAACUAUUUGGGGAAGAAGAACAAGUAUGUUUAUGCAGCAAUUGGAGAUCCAAUGCCAAAGAUAACAGGAGUGGUGAAGAUGGAUGUGUCGGUGGCACAAGAUCGACGGGAAUGUAUAGUGGCAAGCCGGAUAUUUGGUCCAAGAUGCUAUGGAGGUGAGCCAUUUUUUGUGGCAACUAAUCCAGAUGAUCCCAAUGCGGAUGAGGACGAAGGAUACCUUAUCUCAUAUGUUCAUGAUGAAACUACGGGAGAGUCAAGGUUCCUAGUCAUGGAUACAAAGUCACCUAAUCUUGAUGUUGUUGCCUCAGUGAAGCUACCACAGCGUGUACCCUAUGGGUUCCAUGGCUUGUUUGUAAGGGACAAAAAUCUUUAAGAUCAUAGUCCUAUAGGUCACAUUUCAGAAGCAUUCUAAGCCACAACCACACCAUGUUUCACCCCGCCCCAAAAAACAUCUAAUGAGCUUAUAUGCUGUAGUCAUACAUGUAUAUACUAGGAGUCUAGGACUAGCAAGUUGUAUCUGAAAGGGAACAAAAAAAAAAACUUAUGGUGUUAAUUUUCAUGGUUCUGCAGGACACAGAAAGGCAGGAUUGUAACAUAUUAUAUAAGCAAUUUGAGUACAUAGUUCUCUUUCAAA